GGGAGGGGCGGGAGUGCGGGGCUGAGGCCUGGAGGGGUCCUUCCGAGCCGGGUCGCCCUCCCCGGCUCCCGCUUCUCCCGCAAUUCCUACGGAGGCCCAGUUGGCGGCUUUCCGGAGGCAGUGCCCGCCCCCUCGACUACGGAAGAGAUUUCCAAGUUGCCGAGCUCCGAGGCUGGGAUGGCCACCGGGAGGAUUCUGACCCUGGGCGGCAGCAGUUGGCGGGCGCAAGCCUCCAAAUCGGGGGGAUCCCAUCGGCAAAAGUUGUCAAAUCGGAAGACAGUAAAUGACAAAGUGGGCGAUGUCUGUGCAGCCUUGAGUAGAUGGUGAUUAGCAUCGCCAUCGUCACACAAACUUUUUUGCGGCCUACCCGAUAUCAAUCAUUGACACCAUGAACUGGAAUAAAGGUGGCCCUGGCACUAAAAGGGGAUUUGGCUUUGGAGGUUUUGCCAUUAGUGCUGGAAAGAAGGAAGAACCAAAACUCCCACAACAGUCCCACAGUGCCUUUGGGGCAACCAGCUCUUCUUCUGGAUUUGGGAAGUCAACUCCACCACAGCUCCCUUCUUUCUAUAAAAUUGGAUCUAAACGGGCCAAUUUUGAUGAAGAGAAUGCAUACUUUGAAGAUGAGGAAGAAGACUCUAGCAAUGUUGAUUUACCUUACAUUCCUGCUGAAAACUCCCCUACCCGCCAGCAAUUCCGUUCCAAGCCAGCAGAUUCUGACAGCGAUGAUGACCCCUUGGAGGCAUUCAUGGCUGAAGUGGAAGAUCAGGCAGCAAGAGACAUGAAGAGGCUUGAAGAAAAGGACAAGGAAAAGAAAAACGUAAAGGGUAUUCGAGAUGACAUUGAAGAGGAAGAUGACCAAGAAGCUUAUUUUCGGUACAUGGCAGAGAACCCAACUGCUGGUGUGGUUCAAGAGGAAGAGGAAGAUAAUUUGGAAUAUGAUAGUGAUGGAAAUCCAAUUGCACCUUCCAAAAAAAUCAUUGAUCCUCUUCCUCCCAUUGAUCAUUCAGAGAUUGACUAUCCACCAUUUGAAAAAAAUUUUUACAAUGAGCAUGAAGAGAUAACAAACCUCACCCCACAGCAGCUAAUAGAUCUCCGGCAUAAGCUCAAUCUUCGGGUCUCUGGUGCUGCACCUCCUAGACCAGGAAGCAGUUUUGCUCAUUUCGGGUUUGAUGAACAACUUAUGCACCAGAUUCGGAAAUCUGAAUACACACAGCCCACUCCAAUACAGUGCCAGGGUGUGCCUGUGGCAUUAAGUGGAAGAGACAUGAUUGGUAUUGCCAAAACAGGCAGUGGAAAAACUGCUGCCUUUAUCUGGCCCAUGCUGAUUCAUAUAAUGGACCAGAAGGAACUGGAACCAGGUGAUGGACCAAUUGCAGUGAUUGUGUGUCCUACGAGGGAGCUUUGCCAGCAGAUCCAUGCAGAAUGUAAGCGGUUUGGAAAAGCAUAUAAUCUUCGAUCAGUGGCCGUGUAUGGAGGAGGAAGCAUGUGGGAGCAGGCCAAGGCCCUUCAGGAAGGGGCAGAGAUUGUUGUGUGUACCCCAGGUCGACUGAUUGAUCAUGUGAAGAAGAAAGCUACCAAUCUUCAGAGAGUCUCUUACCUUGUAUUUGAUGAAGCAGAUCGAAUGUUUGACAUGGGAUUUGAGUACCAGGUGCGGUCGAUAGCCAGUCAUGUCCGUCCUGACAGACAAACUCUCUUAUUCAGUGCAACUUUUCGGAAAAAGAUUGAAAAACUGGCCAGAGACAUCCUGAUCGACCCUAUUCGAGUGGUGCAGGGAGAUAUUGGAGAGGCAAAUGAAGAUGUGACACAGAUUGUGGAAAUUCUCCAUUCUGGGCCUAGUAAAUGGAACUGGCUUACCCGGCGUCUGGUCGAGUUUACCUCUUCUGGGAGUGUCCUCCUGUUUGUUACUAAAAAAGCCAAUGCUGAGGAGCUGGCCAAUAACCUUAAACAGGAGGAUCAUAAUCUUGGGCUGCUUCAUGGGGACAUGGAUCAGAGUGAAAGAAACAAGGUCAUUUCAGACUUUAAGAAAAAGGACAUUCCCAUCCUGGUGGCCACCGAUGUUGCAGCCCGUGGUCUGGACAUUCCUUCAAUUAAGACUGUCAUUAACUAUGAUGUGGCUCGAGACAUUGAUACCCAUACUCAUAGAAUUGGCCGCACAGGACGAGCGGGUGAGAAGGGUGUGGCCUAUACCUUGCUAACCCCCAAGGACAGCAAUUUUGCUGGUGAUCUUGUCCGGAACUUGGAAGGAGCCAAUCAACAUGUUUCCAAGGAACUCCUAGAUCUGGCGAUGCAGAAUGCCUGGUUUCGGAAGUCCCGCUUCAAAGGAGGGAAAGGCAAAAAGCUGAACAUUGGUGGAGGAGGCCUGGGCUACAGGGAGCGGCCUGGGCUAGGCUCUGAGAACACGGACCGAGGAAAUAACAACAAUGUAAUGAGCAACUAUGAGGCCUACAAGCCCUCCACAGGAGCCAUGGGAGAUCGGCUGACGGCAAUGAAAGCGGCUUUCCAGUCACAGUACAAGAGUCACUUUGUUGCCGCCAGCUUAAGCAACCAGAAAGCUGGAAGUUCUGCUGCUGGGGCAAGUGGAUGGACAAGUGCAGGGAGCUUGAAUUCUGUACCAUCUAAUUCAGCCCAGCAGGGUCUUAACAGUCCUGAUAGCCCCGUUGCUAGUGCCACCAAGGGCAUCUCAGGCUUUGGCAAUACUGGGAACCUCAGCAGUGCCCCGGUGACCUACCCCACUGCUGGAGCCCAGGGAGUCAACAACACAGCUUCAGGGAAUAACAGCCGAGAAGGGAUUGGGGGUAGCAAUGGGAAGAGAGAGAGAUAUACUGAGAACCGGGGUGGCAGCCGUCACAGCCAUGGAGAGAGUGGCAGUGGCAAUCGGCAUGGUGAUAGCCCACGUCAUGGAGACGGUGGUCGCCAUGGAGAUGGAUACCGCUAUCCAGAAAGCAGCAGCCGUCAUACUGAUAGCCAUCGUCAUGGGGAGAACAGGCAUGGAGGAGGUGGAGGCCGACAUGGAGAGAGCCGAGGUGCAAAUGAUGGCCGAGGUGCAAAUGAUGGCCGGGGUGCAAAUGAUGGCCGGAAUGGUGAAAGCAGGAAAGAAGGUUGUAAUCGUGAGAGCAAGAUGGACCCCAAGGUGGAUAGCAGUAAGAUGGAUAAGAUGGACGGCAAGACAGAUAAGACAGCUGAUGGUUUUGCUGUCCCUGAGCCACCCAAGCGCAAGAAAAGUCGAUGGGACAGUUAGAUGGUAUGUGCUGAAGUGUGAAAUCCUUUGUUAUUUUUAGAAAGAUUUUUGGUAAUUAGGUGUCUCAGGGCUGGGUUGGGUGGGGCCCAAGGUGUAAGGACCCCCUUCCCUUAGUGGGUAGCUGGCCCUUGGAGACAUUACCCCUUCAUCUGGAUCGUUUUUUGGAUUAUUUUGGGGGGCUGCUUUGAUCAUAAGCAGUGAGAACUGGGAAGCUUCUUUUGGCUCUGGGUUUGUUGUAAGGGCCUUAUAGGAUAUAAAACUCUAGGUUUAUAUCAUGUAGUGUGUAUUUUUUACUGUCAGCUUAUAAACAUCUAUAAGUAAAAAUCUUUUUCUUAGCCAUGUGCCCAGGCAGUCCCUUUUAGGAGUUGGCUUCUGCAAAGCCAGUCCUUUGAGGUGUUAGGGAUGUUUGGGAAGCACUUUGGUGCUUCCAUACAUUUGCAGGGAAGGGAGGUAUCUGAUUCUAAGUGGAGUUGAUGCUCAGGUUUGUAUCCAGCCCUGAGACAGGAAGAAGCAGCCUGUAGUAGAAGCCCAGAGCCACUACUAUUAAAAGGUGAAAGAUGAUCCUAAAAACAGGAUUGCUCCAGGUCUGAAGUGUUGCUAAAUUUAAAACCCCAACAGCUUUUAACUGUCUUCCCCUAUUUCAUUGUGUGUUGUUUUUUUUUUAACUUGCCACAAUGGUAGAAAAAUCUUUUGCUGAGAUGAUUUUGAUGAUUUUUGUUCUAUGUUGUUUAUAAAGGAAAUAUACAUAAUUCAAAUUUUGUGA